GGAGCGCUUGAAGAGGUCCCAGAAAACCAUGAAAGCAGAAGGCUGCGACCCAGCCGUGCCUCGAGCCUCGCCUAGCGAGGACGCAGCAGCCAUGGCCGCGGUGAAGGUGAAGACGGAAGUCCCCGAUGACUACAUCCAGGAGGUGGUCUGGCAGGAUGACCCAAAGGAGCCGAAGAAGAAAGGCGGCGGGGUAGCCGAGGUGCCUGCGGAGAUUUGUGUGGUGAUUGGUGGGGUCCGCAACCAGCAGACUCUCGGGUCAUAUGAGUGUGGAAUAUGUGGAAAGAAAUAUAAGUACUACAAUUGUUUCCAGACCCAUGUUCGAGCUCACAGAGACACAGAAGCGACAUCAGGCGAAGGAGCUUCCCCAGGGAAUAACUUUAGGUACACCUGUGACAUUUGUGGGAAGAAGUACAAAUACUACAGUUGCUUCCAAGAGCACAGAGAUCUGCAUGCGGUGGAUGACCCCUACGACCAAGCAAUGAUUGCCAAGGAGGAGGUGAAAGAAGAGGAGCCUGAGCCCUUUCAGAAGAUUGGUCCAAGUAUGAUUGACCGAGUUUGCAACUUAAAAACGGGGAACUAUACCUGCGAAUUCUGUGGCAAGCAGUACAAGUACUACACCCCUUACCAGGAACACGUGGCCCUUCACGCACCAAUCAAGUACUCUCGAUCUCCACUCUUCGUGGCUGUGAAGACCCAGACGAGCCAAUCGGGCAAAAAAACACCGACGGCGCCUAUAAUCCGGUGCUCCACCCUCCUCCACCGCACUCCCUCCGGUAUCCCACCGGCGGCAUCCCCGUCACAGACGUUCCGCGCUCCAAAUUCUGGAUCCCCAGGAAGCAAGGCCACCACAG